AUGGCCAAACCUCUGAUUCUAUCAGAGCCAGUUCACGGAGAGGACUUGUUACUGUACUUGGCCGUCUCCGAGAACGCUGUCAGUGCAGCCUUAGUCCGGGAAGAAGAAAAAGUCCAACAUCCUGUGUACUACAUCAACAAGCGUAUGAUAGGGGCUGAGAUACGGUAUCCAUUGAUUGAAAAGUUAGUUUUUUUCCUCCUAAUGGCUUCAAGAAAGUUAAGACCAUACUUCCAGGCUCACCCCAUCAAGGUAUUAACAAACCAUCUGCUUCGGCAAGUCCUACAGAAGCCGGAAGCGUCCGGAAGACUCCUCAAAUGGGCCAUGGAGUUAAGCCAGUUCAACAUACACUACAUACCACGCACUUCUAUAAAAGGACAAGCACUAGCUGACUUCAUAAUAGAGUGCAACAAAGCAGAAGCUAGCGCAAAUGUACCAAUACCACAAACCCCAGCAUGGAAAGUAUUCGUGGAUGGAGCGUCAAACAAAAACGGAUCCAAAGCUGGGAUAACUAUGAUAUCUCAGAAUGGACUUCGACUCCAGGUGACUCUGCGUUUUGAAUUCCCAGCUUCCAACAAUGAAGCUGAAUAUGAAUCCCUAAUUGCAGGGCUGAAAUUAGCAAAAACCGUGGGAGCCACGAGAGUAGAAGUCUUCAGCGAUUCGCAAUUGGUGCAAUUUUUUCGGGAGCUACUCCAUGAGUUCACAGAUUAUAAAGUGGAAGGAAUCCCCAGAGAAAAGAAUACCCACACAGACUGUUUGGCUAAGUUAGCAUCAGACAUCAAGGUUGAGAAACUGGGGGUGGUGCCCGUUGAACGCCUCACGGAACCAAGCAUUAAAGUCAAAGAUAUUGUGGCUGCAGUUGAGCCAGAGACAAACUGGAUGACCCCCAUCAUCAAGUACGCAACUAAAGGCGAGUUGCCUCACGAAAGGGCGUUGUCCAGAAGGAUACAGUAUCAAGCGCACCGAUAUGUGAUGAUGGAUAAUAUUAUCUACCGAAGAGGACUCAGCAUGCCGUACCUAAGGUGUGUAUCAGACCCUGAAGCUAAGAAAAUUAUGUUAGAGGUCCAUGAGGGGUUCAGUGGAGAUCGUACAUGA